AUGAGUGCGGUUCGACCCAUCGUACGAAAAUCUGAUGUUGGUGCUCCACCAGCGCGUUUAUCAGCCGGAGCGGCACCGAGUCUAUCCGUCUUUUCAGCAAAACGAAGUGCCAAACAUGGACUCAAAGCAGUGUCAUCAAGGUCCUCCGCUUUAGCUAGUCGCAAGCGGCGAGCAGAAGAGAAUCUGGAUGCUGAAGAAUCUGACUCAGAAGAGCGUUCAACUGCCGCUGAAGAUCAUGAAGAAAUGGAAAGUACAGACGAUGUGAAGGUUAACGUUGAAGAGAAAGUGAGGAAAACACGAAAAAAGAGACGUUUCAGAUUAACUGAUUCAACGGCUAAAAGUCGACGAAGAGCUGAACGAAAAGCUCAGUUAGCAGCUGAAAGAAAGGAGCGUGAAGAAUUGAAACAAGAGGUCGAAGAAGAAGAAGUGCAGAAGCAGUCAUCAGAAGAUGCACCUCCAGUUCAGAAACCGCCGAUGAUCAGAACAUAUUCGCCAAUGCAAUUGCUAUGUGAUAAUUUACUCCGCAAGCUACAUGCGAAAGACCCAGAGGAGUAUUUUGCGUUUCCUGUCACCCAAUCGAUGGCACCAGAUUACCAUCAAGUGAUCAAAGAACCAAUGGAUUUCUCAACAAUGCGUUCAAAAAUCGAAACAAAUGAAUAUAACGAUUUGGCAUCAUUCAGAAGAGAUGUUGAAUUGGUGGUGAAUAACGCGUUGACUUAUAAUCAACCGAACACCAUCUAUAAUGUCGCAGCACAAAAACUCGAUCAAAUCGUCCGUUUCUAUUUCUCGGAACCUCACCUCAGAUACCUCUAUCACACUUUACCGUUUUGUAAAGAUAUACCCUUAGACAAAAUGGGUCUGAAGCCGAAAGUUCGUUCGAGAGUUUUGCCGAAGGUUGAACGAAACUACUCAAUUCUGGAUGAUAUGACGCCGUCAUCGAUACUGAGUUCAGUUGAUAUCUCGUUGAAACAGCGACUCUCGAACAGAAAACCACAAUUACGACCAGUGGUACCAGAUUGUGAAAAUGGUAAAGAGCCGAAAUGUCAGCUGGGUUUCUUAGAUAACAAUAAUGGUGCCGUUUGCUUGAACAUUAUCAAUCCAUCGUCAUCAAAUACCAAGAAUAACACUACCAACAGUAAUGAGCAAAGAACGCUGACUUUGGGUGAUAUCGUUGGUAAACUUGAUGAAGGCACACCCGGUCUUUGUGCUCCUCAAGAAUAUAAAUCUUCUACGCAGGUUCCAAUCUCCUUCCUAUCGUACGGGCCGUUUAGUUCGUUUGCACCACAGUACGACUCGACGUGGGCAACGUUAUGUGAUCGCGAUUCAAAAUUGUUGUUGUCAUGUUACGGUGAUAAACAGAAUGUUAUGAAUGGAAUUGCUUUACGAAAUAUGGUUGAAGAUAGUGGUGAGCACUUAAUGAAAUUAGUUGAUGAUAUGUUGGAUACAUUAACUGAUGGUGAACAUUCGAAAACAAUCAAGGCACUCCAAACGGAGCCUGAUGCUAAAGUUCCUGAACUGGACUCCAAUGAUGACGUAGAGAAGUUAUUGUGUGAGGUUGAAUCGCUUGAAAAUAUUGGUAUUGAUAUCUCAUUCAUUUCGGAUAUGCGGAAACUUUACAAUGUCAAACCCGAAUCCACUACUUCUCAAGAUGAACUGAGUAAGACUGGUACUAUGAUAAACGAUUUGGCGCUACUGCAAAAGAAUCGUUUGAGUUCAGUGCCUCCAGCGACACUAAGCGAUCAACCUGCACCGAGUCAGUUAGAAACAAAUUUGGCAUCAAAAAUUCAAAAUCAACUACACACUCAAAUAUCAAGCUACGCUAAGCCAAUCGAUAUUGUCUCACCGGCAGUCAUACAUAACGCAGUUGGGUUGAAUGAAGAGGAUCUAGAUCUGCUCAACGAAUUCUUCACGCCUGGUACUGUAUAA